AUGGGUUUACAUAUUUUUACAAACAGUCAAUCUCAUGUCCACCAGUUUAAGGUCCACGUGCUGACCCAUCCUCGUCUCGUCCAUGCGUCUGAAAUCACUAUACAACAGCCAACUGUGCUGGAACAUGCUCAACCUGUGCUUACCCCUACAGAAAGGUUGCGACGCAGCGAUGACGUGAUUUUCCAAGCUCUGUUGACCAAACAAACUAUAUUGUCCCAAUUUUUACCUGGUGACAAGAAGGGAAGAACUGAAGAACUUGAGAAGUUGACCGAAUUACUGGGAGGCCUAGCUGUCGCAGAUUUGAAGCAACGUGACUGCAAAGAACUGGCCAUGUCGGCGAUUGUACACGGCAACAGACUCUUGGACAGCAUCAAUCAGGGCAUGUAUCUUGAAGCGCCAAGAUUGAAUGCCCGGAAAGAGGCUGACGAAGCAAAUCCUGGCGGUUCUGUUUUAGUCUUAGAUGAUGCCGAGAAAGAUUUGCCUUCGGUGCCUUGUUACAAGUUGACGGCGAUUGCUGCUCCUCUGAUGAACCACCUGAAAGCUUUGAUGCAAGUAAUCCAAGACCAACAGCAGGAGCUGAACACUGUGAAGCAACAACUCUAUCAUUACAAAGUCAGCAUUCACUUUCACACAACAGCACUUGCACGCUGCAGCUCUGCAAAAUGACA